GGCUACAUCACACUUGGCUAUCGAGGCACUUUCGCAUUCGGCCGAGAUGGGCAAGCAGACGUAAAAUUCCGGAAAUUACAUAGAAUUCUCGUUUGUGGUAGAGCGACGUUGUGUCGUGAGGUGUUCGGCGAAACGCUGAAUGAAAGUCGGGAUCCUGGUGGACCAGAUGAUGGGGAACGCUACACAUCAAGACUCUAUCUCAAGCAUCAGUGUCUAGAACGGGUAAGUUUAGGAUUCUGCUCCUAUAGCAGCAGAAAGGACAUAUUAUUAAUUAAUAAGACGCUCGAGAAAGUAACGUUAGAGAAAAAGAACGCAUGA